AUGAAUUAAAAUGAUGAUUAUUUUCAAUUGUCUGAUAACCAUCAAAAUCUCUUUAAUUAAAAAUGGCGUUUACAUAGCAACUCUAUGCAUAGCUAACCUCUUAUUAAAAUUGAUUUUGAUUAAUAAAACAAAAUGGUCUUUCAAUUACCUGAUGUUUUCAUGACAAGCAGACAAAAUUAAUUAAAAGUAACCAAAACCAUAUUUUAUAGUAAUCCUUUUAUGAUAUUCAAAAAAAAAGUAGAAAAGCAAGUAAAGUAAGUUUAAACAGUUUAGAGGUUUCUCCAAAAAUUCCAAAAUUGAAUUAAAGUAAAGACUCUAAAUACAAAGAACUCUCUGAAUUACAUAAGAGUUACAGUUAAUUUAAGUAAUAAUUAUAAUCAUAUCAAAUUAGAAAAUCAUUUAAUAGAGUGAAGAAAUAACAUAUGAUAGAUGAUAAUAAUUAUGAUGUCAAUAAAAAUAAUCCCAAAUCGUCUUUCUACUUAAAUGGAGUUAAAUUACCUUAUAAUUUGUACAUUAUCAACAAGAAUCGCUAAAUGGCCAUUACAAAUUUAAUGAAUCAUGCCAAUCCCCAUGCACAUGAGUAAACCUAAUAGUAGAUUUAAAUGAUUGAUAACUAAAUCAAAAAAGUUCGUAAUAUUGGCCCUUAUUUAAGGGAUCGAUAAUUAGAGUAAACAAAAGUUGAAGGAAUACAGAAGUCGAUCAUAUUUACAAAAUGCCUAUUAUUCUAUGUUAUGUGUGAACUCUGA